AUGGCGACUCAGGAUAUGAAGAAGAGUUACAGAGUCCCCGAACCACUCCGCAAGCUUGGGGCAACAGAAAUAACAGCUACCCAGAUGCUCAACUUUAGUCACCCGUUUCGAGCUCUGAAUAGCAAGGUGGUGCAGCAGGACAAUGUCAGCUUAGCAGUUGAUGGCACUUUCUGGGAGAACACGAUAACACUCUGCGUCAACGUAGAGAUGGCUAUUCCCUACCUGCUCAAACAAGGCGCUGAUCCGAAUCAAGUUAUUUCCGGGAGCUUUUAUGGCUCGGCCCUCAUCGCGGCAUCAGCUCUCUUACGCUCAUAUACCUUGAUGCACUUUCUUGAACAUGGAUGUGAUGUCAACGCCGUUGUAUCGGAUAGCCCAUUUGGAACACCGCUCAUUGCAGUCUGCGCUGGUCCAGCCCAUCAUCCCUUUCAGUGGAGUUUUCACGAGGAAUUCAACCUGAGGGAUCCCGAGGGCUGGUCCAUGGUACAACACGACCUGCUAGAACUGUUAGUUGCCAGAGGUGCUGAUGUCAACAUUGCUCACAAUGAAUUCACUCCACUUAUUGCCCUCGUCCUGUGCGACUGUGAGGAAGGGUAUAAGAUCAAAGGGUUAAAGUUACUGCUGAAAACCGGAGCCGACCCGCAUCUGGCAUUGCCGCAGUUGGGCUACAACAAGGUAAGCACAAACUCCUGUACUUCUCCAUUCUUAUCCGCUGUUAAAGACGUAUGA